GAGAGAGAGAGAGAGAGAGAGAUAGAAAGGUAGUGGGAAGGAGAAAGAGAAAGAAGAAUGGUGGGGUUGGUAGCGCGAGGAACGAAGCACGUGGGACCCCAAGUCCGUGUGUCUCCUUCAGUAGUGCUCUCAGCUGCCUUCGGAUUAUUUCGCACCGGAUGUCCAUCCACCGUUCUCGACGCGUCCGUUGCACCGUUCGCUGCACCGUUCCGCGACGGAGAAUGCGAGCUUCUCACGAGGGAAGAAAUAACUUCUUCGCUUAGUCCAUUUCGUGGACCUGACGUAUACGGGGUCGUACGUAAUUCACCCUGUACAUCGAGUUCUCCGUGUCUCGAGUACGAUGGCCUCGACGUUGUCCCUUGUGAUCCUUCAAGCAAUCGUUCUUGUGGUAUCGUCUAUCGAUCGAGAGACACAGGUCAACGAGAGUUUUCACAGAGGGGUCUCGCAGAUCGAUACACGAAAGAUCAUUUGGCCGCAUUGGUCUCGCGAGAGGUGGGCUCGUGUCCAAGAACGCGAACAAGAUUGGAAUCGUCUUUGGAAUUACAAGAAUGACGAUGAUGUUGAAACGACGAUCGCAACAGUACCAACGAUAGGAUCGUCGAUGAGACCAAUUGUACGAUCGAAUGGAACCAGAUCAGACAAAUUUGGUGCGAUCGCCGUUGCGGAAUACGCUGGUACCAGAGCGAUCGCUUAUGCCGGAUUUCACGAAGAUCAUCGGCAUCGAGCCCUACCGGAAGUUGCUACUCGAGGCUAUCAACGAAUUCUUACCACGACUCCUACUUACACCAGACAUCAUUCGGGGCGAGUAUGUGCACGACAAACCACUGCCUCUUCCCCGCAUCAUCACCGUGGUAGACAGAUCAGGUUAGUCUACACCGAAAUGUCACCCGGUUUUACGUGCUGUCCAGGUUGGAUGCAGUUUACUCGUCUCAGUUUCGGUUGCAACAAACCAACCUGUUUAGCGUCAUGUUUAAAUGGUGGAACCUGUGUUUCACCAGGGAAAUGUGUCUGUCCGAAGGGUUUUACUGGUAGUCAGUGCCAAUCGGAUGUAGACGAAUGCGUGACAGAGAAGCCAUGCGGACAACUUUGCAGAAACCUACCUGGUAGUUACGAGUGUUACUGCAGAGCCGGUUUUCAUCUUCAACAAGAUGGACAAUCCUGUCGAAGAAAUGACACCGAAGAUACAGCUUUUGAGGCUCGAGAUCUAGAGAACGACUUCCAUGAAUCGUUGACGACGACGACGAGUACUACGAGAAAACCAACUACCACCUCCUCUCACGAUGCAGAAAACGAAGUGGGGGAUGCUGACCUCGAUCAGGACUAUGAGAUCAUCUUGAAGAGACUUACUAAACUAGAAAAACAAGUAGCAAGGAAUAAGAAAAGAGAUACAGAAGCGACGGAUAUGAGCGCAAAAAUUACUCUAGCCGUUGAGAGUAUAAAUGACAUGAAAAGAGCGGUCGAGAAUGUGCAACUUAUGCAACAAGAGAUAUAUGAUAUGAGGAGUAAAAUAAAACAUUAUGAGUUAGAGGCAAGGAAAGUGCAACACUUGACGAAUCGUGUGGCGGAUUUAGAAAGUAGGCUAAGAACACGUUGUAGAUCUUCUUUGCCAAUCAAUUCUGGAUCUAUAAACUUUUAAUUUAGAUACACUAUCGUGAAAUGUGAAACGUAUCACGAUCGUAUUGUUAUGGCGUUUGCAUGAAAUUCUUCUUGAUGAAAAUAUGAGGUACCGGUGUCACUGCCACGUUAGCAUUUAUAUGAUAGUUAGUACCAUAUAGUGUUAUAUGUAAUUUAAAUAAUUUUACGAAUCUUUGUACGCAGCUUUAUAAUAAAAAGAAAUAUAAACUAAGCGUAAGGAUCUCUUAUUGA